UUUUAAUUUAAACCUCCAUCACAUCUUGUUUGUUUCUUAUAAGACAAAUUCACAAUUUGAUAAAACACAGCAACAUACAAAGCUACAGAGGUGAAUAGUUUGUUUGAUCAAAAUGCCUAAACCAAGGACACGAUUUUUCCCAAACAAGCUGAAAGACUAUAGCCCUGGACAAGAUGUUGAAAUUUCAAAGGAGAAAUGGCUUGAACAGAUCAUAGCCCUUGUUAAAGUCAUAACUGAAUCUUUGCCAUCAUCUGUCACUUCUGAUGGAGGGCUGUACGUUGGAAGUGCAGGAGUUGCAUACAUGCUUUACUACAUUUCAAACUAUGAUCCACUGCAUGACAACAAGGUUUUGUAUUUGCAAAUGGCUAAAUCAAUCUAUGAAAGAGAUAUGGGGUUCAGAGCAAAGGAGCAUUCUUCAAAAGCUGAUGAAGUGUCUUUUAUUUUAGGACCAGCCGGCUUGUAUGUGUUAGGUGCACUGUUAGGAAAGGCCAUGAAAAAUGAUGCUUUGUUGCAAGAGAACAUUUUGAAGUAUCAGGCAUGUGCAAAAGAAUGCCUGAAGCCAAAGUUUCUUUCCUGUGGAUCUGAUGAAUUGUUUGUGGGGCGAGCUGGAUACUUGUGUGGGGUACACAAUUUAGAGAAGAAGACUGGCAUCAAAAUCUUGGAUGAUGCAACAAUUAAUGACAUCUGUAGCACAAUGGUGAAGUCAGGGAAGGACUUUGCUCAGAGACAUCAUGGGACUAAAGCUCCUCUUUUAUAUGCCUACUAUGACACGAUUUAUUUUGGUGCUGCACAUGGGAUAUCUUCCAUCUUACAAAUGAUAAUCAGUUGUCCCUCAUUCUUGCAAGCUAACAAGCAGGCAGCCCAGGAUGUUCAAAAUAGUGUUAACUGGCUGCUAGAUUUACAACAACGCAAUGGAAAUUUUGCUCCUGCUUUGGAUGAGGUCUCCAAUCCCCGGUCAGAAAAAGAUGAGCUAGUGCAUUGGUGUCACGGAGCACCAGGUAUUGUUUACUUGUUUGCCAAGGCCUACAAUGUGUGGAAGGAUGAGAGGUAUCUUCAGGCAUGUAUUAAAUGUGGAGAACUAACCUGGCAGAAAGGUCUCCUCACUAAAGGGCCAGGAACAUGUCAUGGUAUUGCUGGCAAUGGGUAUGUUUUCCUGCUACUGUAUAGACUCACCAAUGACAAGAAAUACCUGCACAGAGCACAGCAGUUUGCAAAUUUCAUUUUCACUGAUCAGUUUCAAACAGAGGCAAGAACUCCAGAUAGCCCUUACAGCCUCUAUGAAGGUUUAGCAGGAACUGUGUGUUUUCUCAUUGACUUGUUACAGCCCGAAAAAGCUGAAUUUCCUUUCUUUGAUGUCUUCUAAAUAUUUGUUUUGUUCAGUGAACAAUUUCUCAAGGGAAAGUCUGUUUUUUACUUAGUAUAAUCAUGGCUACACCAAGUCUAUAGUUAUGGUUGAACCAUUAAUUUUACUACCUGAUAUUUUGCCAUUUGCCCUGCAUACUAUUUAAAAACCAUUCUGUAAUGGCGCUAGAUAUCCGUUAUUUAAGCAUUGACUCAUAAUUCAUAAGGAUCUAAUUAAUAAAGUUAUCUACACUUUAUUUUUUAAAUAAUGCAAAACUGUUUGAUAUUAUGUUUAAUUUAUUGAGUUGAUAGUUAUUUUGUUUAAUUCUCAAUUUUUUGAAAUUAUACAAUUUCCAACCUUUUAUCUUGAGGCAUAUUAAAAUGCUUGUAGUUAGCAGUUAGAUUUAGUGAUUUACCCUCUGACCCCCAUAUUUAUGUAGACUUUAGCUGCAAUUUGUUAGCUCACUUUUUAAAAAAAUUUUAAUUCAUUCAAACUGCAGAAAUCAGUGUGUUCAUGGUUACCAUAGUACCAAACUAUACCUUUUACAAUCUAGAUCUGAAACUUUUUUAAAAAAAGAAAAAGACCAAGUAUUUGUAUGCACCAGUGCACUGGCUGUUUUAUUUCUACUAUGAACCUGUUUAAGGUCACAGUUUUUAAAAUGCAUUUAAAUUAGCAUUAGCAGAGACAGGCUAUAUUUAUAAUCAUCUUGUACAAGUUUGUAAUUAAACAUUGAAUCAAAAUUAGCAGUGUUUCUUUGUUUACUCCACAACCUGAAAACCCUUGAACUUUUGUAGCACAAAAUGAACAAAUCAAUGGUGACAACAUUCACUGAUCAGAAUCACAACAAAGUACUACAACACUGUUACAACCGAAAAUUGUUGAAGCAAUUUCAAAAAGUACAGAAAAAAAUAUUAGGUUAGCUCCCUUUAAUUUAGUUUACUUGAACAUACCUAUAAAGGAAGUUUAAAACUCAAAGCAUGAAGAUUCAUUUUUAAAA